AUGCCCAACAUGCUUUCAAGACUUGGAAUGGAUACAAAGGAGCUUUCCUCUACAGAUUUGCAAAGGUCCAUUUAUGUUCCACCACCACGCCCAAGCUAUUCACAACACCAUCCAUCAUCACCAGACAUAAACAAGACACCACUUUUCCCAAGGGAGAGCUAUCAAGCUGCGCGCCAAACCAAGAUUGAAGAGAUGCUUCAAGAGUACUUGAGAAAUCAAGAAGAGAGUACAAAGAAGAUGGAGAGAGAAUCGAUUUCAUCCAUGAGAGCCUUGGAAACAAAUCUGAAGUCCUAUUCAAGCAAGUGA